CGUGCUCCUGCAGCAGCUAGGACAGCAAGGAGAGAGACGGCAAUGGAAGUGCCGAGGAAGGCGAUGGCUUCCAGUCUCGUCGUAUGGCUACUACUCGUGCACUCAUGCCGCCUGCAGGUGCCGUGCGCGCUCGGAGCCGACGACUGCUGGGUCCUGGACCGCGACCGCUACCGCUUCUGCUUCAGGACGGCCAAGUGCAGGGCGGCGUGCGCGGAGGACCGCUUCGUCGACGGGCGCUGCAAGCACGGGUUCCCCUACCUGCUGCCCCUCUGCGAGUGUCUGCGCCCGCAGUGCGCAGCGCCCGGACCGAGCAGCCAUUCGGAACUCGGAUAGUGAUGUGACUUGUGAGCGAGGGGGAAAACGGUUGCAGCAACCUUGUGAAUCAAUCGAUUGUAAUCGCGAUAACCAAUAUGUC